AUGAGACAAUUGACAGAGGAAGAAACCAAAGUGGUGUUUGAAAAACUUGCCAAUUAUAUCGGCCGUAACAUUGUUUACCUUAUCGACAAUAAAGAAAACCCUCAUGUGUUUAGACUUCAAAAAGAUCGUGUUUAUUAUGUUUCUGAAAAAAUAGCCAACUUGGCCAUUUCUGUCCAAAGAUCUAACCUCAUGUCCUUGGGAACUUGUUUUGGGAAAUUCACCAAGCUGGGAAAAUUCAGACUUCACAUCACCGCAUUGGAUCAUCUUGCACAACAUGCACGUUACAAAAUUUGGAUUAAACCUAACGGUGAAAUGCCUUUCUUAUACGGUAACCAUGUCUUGAAAGCCCACGUCGGGAAAAUGAGUGACGAUAUUCCUGAACAUGCCGGGUGCGUGGUUUAUUCUAUGAAUGAUAAUCCUUUGGGAUUUGGUAUCAGCUCCAAAAGUACAGUAGAAACCAAGAAUUUGGAUCCAACAGGAAUAGUAGCGUUCAGACAGGCCGAUAUUGGUGAAUAUUUGCGUGAUGAAGAUACUCUUUUCACCUAA